GGCUAACUCGACUCAGCCCAGAAAUCCGACGUUAGAAGACAGCGGUGGGGAAACAAAGCGCGUAUUCUGAAGGUUUGUUUACGAUUUGUAUUAGCUCGGGUUGAAAAUUAACUUCGCGCUUAUCGGUAGGGGGAUGGGGGGGGGGGGACUCGGUGGCGACUGUAUUCGCAUUUCCACUCAUUGUUUGUAGCUUCAGGAAGAAGCUGUCUGGAGUCGGACUGCAGUAGCGUUUGGGGAGCUAACGUUAAUUGUCAAUCGAAGAUAAUCGCGGUAAAUGAUCCGGCCGACGGGAAGGUGUCGAGCAUUUGGGGGGGGGGGGGGGGGAAGAACUCACGGUAGGCUAAGACUAUCGAGUUCGAGCUCGCUGUAGGGUUUGCGCGUCAUCGUGCCCCUGCCACGGAGCCGUGCAGAGAUCCGCGUCCACGUCUCGGCUGCUGUGCAGUAUUGCAGUCUGCCAGCUGGGCUAGGCCACGUCCUUCUUGGGCUGACAUUGGGCGGACUGUGGGGGAAGAUGCCCAGUAUGCGGAAGGAAGACGACGGGGAGUGAAGCGCGAGAGAUGGGAGAAGUCUUGACCGUGAGUGGUUUGUGUUUCUGAGCGGCUGCCGCAUACGCACGUCAUGUCACGUACACGGAUGCGCCGCACAGCGGGGCAAUAGUCUCUUUGAGCCGCAAGGUUAAAAGCUGAAGUGACAGUUUCAAUUUGUUCGGACAUGAUCGGCUUCGGCGCCAACCGACGAGGAGGCCGCCUCCCGUCCUUCAUCCUCAUCUUCCUCAUGGCGAUCAUCGCCAUACUGGCGUUCAACUACUGGACCGUAGCCAACAAGCACGGCCGCUUGCUGGAUGAGUUGUUGGAGGUGCAGUCGCGGGUGAAGCGCACGGACGCGGCGAGGAGCCGGCUAGAGAAGCGCAACACUGAGCUCAUGGCGCAGGUGGACACGCACAGGAAGCAACUGGACAAGAAGGAUGGAGACUACAGCGUCAUGGAGGGCAAACUGCAGGCCCGAGACGCGCUCGUCAAAAAGUGCACCGACGAAAAGGUUAAGCUGCAGGGUGACCUCACAGCCCAAAUUACAGAAAUCCAGAUGCUGAAAGAGCAACUGAAUGAUUUGAAGCAGGAGUUUAUGAAACAGGAAGAUCAUCUGAGAGAUGUUAAAAAGAAUACAACCACCUUGGAGAGAAAGCUGGAAUAUGAAAGUUUACAGUGUGGACGUCAGAUUGCACAGUUAAAAAUUGAAUAUGAAGAAUCAAAGAAGAAUCUAGAAGAUAAAGCUGUAAAGCUUAGACUGAAUGCAAUUGAUGGCCAAAAGGGUCCAGUGGCUGGAGGACAUGCUGAGGGAACUCUGGCUGAAGAGCACCGUACAGUGGCAACUCACCGUCAUGACAGUCCAGAUUUAAAAGAUGUAAUGGGUAAGCCGGGCAGUGAUGCUGGCAUGCCUGGUAUUGAAGACAGUGAGGUGGGGAAACUUGAUGAAGUGCAGUUUGAACUGAAGAAGCCAGCCAUCACUCAGAUCCGUGAUGAAGCCCCUGAUGUGGUUGUGGGCGCUGGUGCUGGACCCGGUGUUGGGGCAGCUGAUGGCCCUGGGGUACAGGGCUUAUCUCUUGACCAGCCCCAGCUCCAGCAGGAUAGAGGGGAAGGCCAGGCAGCUGUGAUUGCCGCUCCAGGUGUCAUCCAACUGGCAGACAAACCAGUAGUAUUUGAAGAAGACAACAAGUCAGAUAUCAAAGCAGAUGAACUGGGGGAACAGCAAAGACAACUUCAGGCUCCAGAUGUCAAAGGUACAGAUGAACGCUUAAAGGGGAUUCCAUUCCCUGCCAACCCUGCCAAGGCACCCAACACCAUCCAAACACACCGCAAAGACCAAGUCCCAGCAGGGGCACUCCACCAUCACCAAAGCCGGUUCUUUGACGAGAUCGAGUCCCCAGUAGAUCCGCAACAUGGCUCUAAGCUAGCGGACUACAAUGGGGACGAUGGCAAUGUGGGUGAGUAUGAAGCUGACAAGCAGGCUGAGCUGGCCUACAAUGAGGAAGAGGAUGGUGAUGGUGGGGAGGAAGACGUUCAAGACGAUGACGAUCGAGACAUGCAGGGAGAUCGGGCUGUGGAUUAUGGAAAGCGACAUCAAGCUAUCGACAUUCUCUGAAUGUGAAUUUUGUACUGUGAAAUCUCAUCAAAACAUACUGACCUUCUUUGGACAUCAGUAUGAUUCAGAAUUCACAGCUUGCAUCCUUAGUGUCAUGGACCACGUCUACAAACAAUUAUUACAGAAUUUGAAUAAUAUUUCCUAACAAUACAACCCAAAACGUGGAACAGUAUAAUCAGUUGUGUUAUUUGGUAAUGCAGUUAGGCUAGGACAAUAUACAGUAAGUGGUCUGUACAUUGACAACUUUUACUGUUGUGCCUCAGUUCAUAGCUGAGUAGUCUAAAAUAGCCUAGUUGACACAUCAACUGAAAUGUUGUGUUCUGGAUGCUGUGCUGAGAUGUUUCUCAAAGAGUUUAAUCGGGCAUUUGGACUCUUCACCCCAAUUUUUGGACACUUGCAAGGAUGCCAUUUCUGUUUUAGGUUUACAACAGUAGGAAAGUGUUUGAAAUGCCAAGGACUUUGCUUACGGUCUAUUAAAUCAUUUUUUGUGAACACACAAAA